CGCUGGCGCUGCAGAAUCCGAGCCAGCGGCCGAGCCGACUUAGGAACUCCAGGCCAGGGACAGAAGGGAGGUCCUAGCCUGGGGUGAAGAGUCGGGCGCGAAGGGGGCUCCGGACCGGAGUGGCGGGAGGUGUGCUUUCGAGGAAGCAGUUGGCGGGAAAGCCAGUGCGGCAAGUCAACUGGAUCUUGAGGGACAUACACCCAGGAUGCUGGUUCCCGCCCUCCUGGUCCUCUUCUUCUGCUUCAGAGGGCGUGCAGGCCUGUCGCCCCAUUUCCUGCAACAGCCGGAGGACUUGGUGGUACUGCUAGGGGAUGAGGCCCGUCUGCCCUGUGCCCUGGGCACAUACUCGGGGCUGGUUCAGUGGACUAAGGAUGGGCUGGCUCUAGGGGGUGAAAGGGACCUGCCAGGGUGGUCCAGGUACUGGAUAUCAGGGAAUGCAGCCAGUGGCCAGCACGACCUCCACAUUAGGCCUGUGGAGCUAGAGGAUCAAGCAGCAUAUGAAUGUCAGGCGACACAGGCAGGCCUCCGCUCUCGACCGGCCCAAUUGCAUGUGCUGGUGCCCCCAGAAGCCCCUCAUGUGUUGGGCGGCCCCUCUGUAUCUCUGGUUGCUGGGGUUCCUGCAAACCUAACCUGUCGGAGCCAUGGGGAUGCCCGCCCCACCCCUGAGCUGCUGUGGUUUCGAGAUGGGGUCCAGCUGGAUGGGACCACCUUCAAACAGAUCAUACUGAAGGAAGGGACUACUGGGUCAGUGGAGAGCAUCUUAUACUUGACCCCUUCCAGCCAUGAUGAUGGAGCCACCUUGGUCUGCCGGGCCCGAAGCCAGGCCCUGCCUGCAGGAAAGGACACAGCUAUCACACUGAGCCUGCAAUAUCCCCCAGUGGUGACUCUGUCUGCAGAACCACAGACUGUACAGGAGGGAGAGAAGGUUACUUUCCUAUGCCAGGCCAGGGCCCAGCCUCCUGUCACCGGCUAUCGGUGGGCAAAGGGGGGUUCCCCAGUGCUGGGGGCCCGAGGGCCAAUGUUGGAGGUGGUGGCAGAUGCCUCAUUCCUAACUGCGCCAGUGUCAUGCGAAGUCAGCAACACUGUGGGUAGCGCCAACCGCAGCACCGCACUGGAUGUACAGUUUGGGCCGAUUCUGCUGGCAAAGCCAGAGCCCACGUCUGUAGACCUGGGGGAAGACGCUUUGUUUAGCUGUUCUUGGCGUGGGAACCCUCUCCCACAGGUAACCUGGACCCGCCAUGGGGGCACACAGGUACUGGGCUCCGGGCCCACACUGCGUAUUCCUUCGGUGGGGCUGGAGGAUGCAGGUGACUACGUGUGCAGGGCUGAGCCAGGGCUCUCCGGUCUAGGGGGCGGCGUUGCAGAGGCUAGGCUGACUGUGAAUGCUCCCCCUGUAGUGACCACCUUGCACUCAGCGCCUGCCUUCCUGAGGGGUUCUGCCCGCCUCCAAUGUCUAGUCUUCGCCUCCCCCGCACCAGAAGCCGUGGUCUGGUCUUGGGAUGGGGGCUUCCUGGAGAAGGGGUCACGGGAUCGGUUCCUGGUAGAGACGUUUCCAGCCCCAGAGGGCCAAGUUGGACAGGCUCCAGGCCUGAUCUCUGUGCUACACAUUUCCGGAACUCAGGAGUCUGACUUUAGCAGGGGCUUCAACUGCAGUGCCCAUAACCGGUUGGGUGAGGGAAGCACCCUGGUCAGCCUGAGCCGUAGAGACUUGCCGCUGCCUACUAUGCAGAUUGUGACUGGAGUGGCCUUCUCAGCCAUGAGUCUCCUUAUGGUCAUCACUGGGGUGGCCCUCUGCUGCUGGUGCCAAGGCAAGGCCUCUUUCUCCAAGCAAAAGAACCUGGUGCAAAUCCCAGGCAGCAGCCAUGGUUCCAGUUCACAGGGCCCCGAGGAAGAGGGCACAGGCAGCAGUGAGGACCGGGGCCCCAUCAUGUACACAGACCACACUGACCUGGCUCUGGAUGAAGAGGGGGCUUCGGAGAUCAAGGACCCAACCAACAGUUACUACAAGGUCCAAGGAGUCAGUGUGAGCCUGAGCCUUGGUAAAGCCCCUGGAGGAGGCCUCUUCCUGCCACCACCCUCCCCCCUUGGACUUCUGGGUACACCUCCUUUCUAUGACUUCAAUUCACACCUGGACAUGCCUCCCCACUGCAAACUGUAUAGAGCCCAGGCAGGUUAUCUCACCACACCCCAUUCUCAAGCUUUUACCAGCUACAUCAAACCCACAUCCUUUGGGCCCCCAGAUCUGGCCCCCGGGACUCCUCCUUUCCCAUAUGCUGCCUUCCCCACACCUAGCCACUUGCGUCUCCAGACUCAUGUGUGACAUCUCUCCAACUGAAAUGUUGGGAUAAUAGACAAAAGACAAAAUGUUGGGAUAACUUGUCAUAAUAGAUUGUCCUGAUUUCUGAACAACCAGAACAAGUUAGUGACCUUACUCCUUCAGAACUAAAUAUUGAGGGGAGGGAUAGAUCAUUACUAUUGCCUGGGUCAUUGAUGACAGUUUGCUCAGCCAAAGGGGAUGCCCCAAGUGGGGCAAGAUGGCCACUAUGUCCACCUAUUCCCCUGUGUAAAAGAGAUUCAAGAUGCCAAAUGGCCCCUUUAAAGAGGAAUAGAGACAGGUUACAAUGGGAAUUAGAGGCAAGUUGUAGGCAGACACUGAAAGAAGAUAUUUGCAUAAGAAAAAAAGUAACAUAGGGCAGAUUAAGAUGGAGGCCAGACCAGGUCCUGUCCUGGCUUUCCCUGAGGUGCACUUUGCUUGGCCAAUGGAAGUGAAGCCAAGAUAGCAGGUCACUCCUUGGGAACCCAAGAUAGCUACCACCUUGAUUCCUUCCACCUUCCUUAAAGGCCUUGGAAGAAUUGGGUCCAAGGAGUAAGGACAGGGUGAGAUCUGUCACUGGAGGGGGUGGGGAUGGAACCUGAGGAUAAGAAGAUAUGUUCAGUUUUAAAAAUUAAAAGUUGUGUUCAGGA